AUGAAGACCAUUCUCAGCAACCAGACUGUUGACAUCCCUGACAAGGUUGCAGUUUCCUUGAAGGGCCGCACAGUAACUGUGAAGGGGCCCAGAGGAACUCUGAAGAAGAACUUCAACCACAUAAAUGUAGAGCUGUCUCUACUGGGCAGAAAGAAGAAGAGGCUCCGUGUUGACAAAUGGUGGGGUAACAGAAAGGAGCUGGCCACAGUGCGCACAAUCUGCAGUCAUGUGCAAAACAUGAUCAAGGGAGUCACACUGGGUUUUCGUUACAAGAUGAGAUCGGUGUACGCUCACUUUCCCAUUAACGUAGUUAUUCAGGAGACUGGAUCGCUGGUGGAAAUCAGGAACUUCUUGGGUGAAAAAUACAUCCGCAGAGUACGCAUGAGACCAGGUGUCAACUGUGCCUUGUCCCAAGCCCAGAAAGAUGAGCUGAUCCUUGAAGGCAAUGACAUUGAGCUUGUUUCAAACUCUGCUGCAUUGAUCCAACAAGCAACCACAGUAAAGAACAAAGAUAUCCGAAAAUUCUUGGAUGGUAUCUACGUCUCAGAGAAAGGAACAGUCCAGCAGCUUGAAGAGUAA